AAGAUCAUAUGGAUGGCUGGCGAGUCCGGCUCGGGAAAGACAACGAUUGCACACACCUUCGCAGAUGAGCUUCGUGAGAAGGGAAAGCUAGCAGGCACGUUUUUCUUCUCCAGAAAGCACGCUAAACGGAGCACCUUCGAUCACGUCCUCCUCACUCUCGCGUAUCAGCUUGGAUUGCAGCACCCUCGCACUCACGAGAUCAUUAUGAGGGCCAUCUCCGACGACCCUGCUUUACUCGCGCCAGAAAAAUCAUACUACGAUCAGCUCGAGAAGCUGAUAAUCGAGCCUUUGAGACAUCUAGCACAGGUGCGGAGAGGGGAAGCCGGCUUGUCUCUCAUCUUGGACGCUCUCGACGAA